UGCAGCGUUAAUUUCUGCCACGAACGCGAACGGAUCGGAAACGUGACCCGUACCCUCCCUGUGCCAUUUCGUGAGUAAAUGCUUGGCGCCGUCACUGUGUCGGAGUAUCGUCAUGGCAACUAAGUUAGUUCAAUGGAUAACGGCCUUGGUACUAUUCGCAAGCGUAUGGAGUGCCUUCGUAUUUGACCUUGUCCCAGUCCAACUUGAUCCUAGGAUAAAAGAAGUAAUCGUGCCACUUCCAGUUUAUUUGCUGAUAGUCUUCGCGUGUUUCUCAUUGGCGACCAUUGGUUACCGGGUAGCGACGUUCAACGAUUGCGAAGAAGCUGCUGAAUCUCUUAAAAAGGAAAUCGAAGAGGCAAGAAAAGAUUUGCAGGAGAAAGGUUUCAAGUUCACGUGACAGUGGGCCCCAACUCGUCCCACGUAGGCUUUCACUUUGAAAGACCACACUGACUCUUUGUACAAGGAUCCUAAUAACAUUGGAGGACUUUCAGAUAUAUAAGCUUCCAAAAUGUUGGGUCCCGCUAUGAACCUAAGAACAGCAAGUAAGACCUCUGUUUUGGAAAGUAUGAUUUAAAAUGUACAAUUUUUUGCCAAUAUUUUAGUGAUAAAUGUAUGUAUAUCACAUUUGAAAAUAAGGACCCGUUUUGAGGCCUUGACUUUGGUCAAGGUUAAUUGGGUUGGAGUUGUGGUGAGAGAAAUAUGAGAUUUCAAAUCCGAAUGUUAUCCAAUUUCACCGGAAGUUCCGAAUAAGCUCACAGUUAUGCCAACAAAACUUGUGAGUUGUCACAUGCAACAUUUGCCCUCCCAAUGAUUGGGUAUAGUUUGCAGGAUUAAAUGACCAUCUCGACCUUUACAACACUUCAGAGCUAUAAUGUUAACAUUAUGGGUAAGAAGUUAAGAACUCUGAUAAUAAGCCUUUUCGGAGUUCCAACUGCGCAUUCGUAACCUGUGACAACGCGCA